AUGAUAUACGUUGGAUGUUUCCUGUUUCUUUGUGGGCUUACUCGUGUCAUGGCAAGCUACCCAAUCUGGUGGUCACUGGCAGUGGGUCACCAGUACUCCUCACUUGGCACCCAGCCCAUCCUGUGUGGCAGCAUUCCAGGCCUGGUGCCCAAACAGCUGCGCUUCUGCCGCAACUAUGUGGAAAUCAUGCCCAGCGUGGCGGAGGGUGUGAAGAUUGGCAUCCAGGAAUGUCAGCACCAGUUCCGCGGACGUCGCUGGAACUGCACCACCGUUAACAACAACUUGGCCAUCUUUGGACCGGUGCUGGACAGAGCUACGAGAGAGUCUGCUUUCGUCCACGCCAUUGCUUCUGCCGGAGUGGCUUUCGCCGUGACUCGAGCGUGCGCCGAAGGUUCGGCCACCAUCUGCGGUUGCGACACGCGACGUAAGGGCCCACCAGGGGAGGGCUGGAAGUGGGGGGGCUGUAGCGAGGACGUGGAGUUUGGAAACAUGGUAUCCCGCGAGUUCGCAGAUGCCCGUGAGAAUCGUCCAGAUGCUCGUUCUGCCAUGAACCGACACAACAACGAAGCUGGGAGAAUGUCAAUCACUGAUCACAUGUACCUAAAGUGUAAGUGCCAUGGUCUGUCAGGGAGCUGUGAGGUAAAGACCUGCUGGUGGGCACAGCCUGACUUCCGUGUGAUUGGCGACUACAUGAAGGACAAGUACGACAGCGCGUCAGAGAUGGUGGUGGAGAAGCAUCGGGAGUCUCGCGGUUGGGUGGAGACGCUACGGCCCAAGUACCCCUUCUUCAAGCGGCCGACCGAAAGCGACCUUAUCUACUAUGAGAGUUCGCCCAACUUCUGUGAGCCCAACCCAGAGACGGGCUCCUUCGGCACUCGGGACAGAGUCUGCAACCUGACAUCACAUGGCAUCGACGGUUGCGACCUUCUCUGUUGUGGCCGCGGCCACAACACACGGACGGAGAAGCGCAAAGAGAAAUGCCACUGCAUCUUCCACUGGUGUUGCUACGUCAGCUGCCAGGAAUGUAUGCGCGUCUACGAUGUCCACACCUGCAAAUAG